AUGGCAAAGCGAUUCUCUGUUCAGACUGCCUUGCAGAUGUUUUUUGAAGAGACAGAGGGAUUUGAUAGUGAUGCAGAGGAAAUAGUGUCAGAAAGUGAGGACAACAUUUCCGAAAAUGCCGUUGAGCUUGAAGAGGAGGAUCAGAAUCAGCCAGCUCCCAAACGUAGAAGAGCCUCAGGACUAGCCCUUCAGCAGCCAGGACAAGCCUGCGAGCAGCCAGCCCCAGGACCAUCCCAUGAGCAGGCAGGACCAGGCAGCAAGCAGCCAACCCCAGGACCAUCCCAUGAGCAGGCAGGACCAGGCAGCAAGCAGCCAGCCCCAGGACCAACCCGUGAGCAGCCAGCCGUAGGACCAGCCCGUCAGCCUACUCCGAAACUCAAGAGAACCCCAGGACCAGCCCGCAAGCAGCUAGCCCCAGGACCAGCCCGCCAGCAGCCAGCCGUAGGACCAGCCCGUCAGCCUACUCCGAAAACUCAAGAGAACCCCAGGACCAGCCCGCAAGCAGCUAGCCCCAGGACCAGCCCGCCAGCAGCCAGCCCCAGGGCCAGCCGAUGCGCAGCAAGCCGCAGGACCAGCCGGUGA